AUUUAAAUGCAUCAUGAGAGCUUAGGUCUCCUGAUAGCUUAAGAGGAUUUGGGACACAAUCAUUAGUUGAAAACGAUAGAAAAUAUCAGCAGGGUAAAACAUACAGAUUUGAGUAUGGGGAUUCUCAGUCAGCUAUCAAUCAUUCACCUGCUGUGUGCUGCUAUGGUCAUUUGUCAACAUGAAGACUAUGAUUUUGGGGAUGAAUAUGAUGAAGAGCCAGAUCGUGAAUAUCCAUAUUAUUUUAAUUUUCAUCCAAGUACACAAGAUGAAGGUCCUCGUUUUCCUGUUCCAGUUGAAUGUGCCAGAGAAUGCUUUUGCCCACCAGCUUUUCCAUUAUCAAUGUACUGUGAUCAUCGCCAACUUAAAAUGAUACCAAAUAUCCCUAUUCACAUCCAACAACUCUAUCUGCAAAACAACGAUAUUGAAGCUGUGCUUGCAGGACCCUUUACUAAUGUCACCAUCUUAAGAGAAAUUAACCUGAGCUACAACAAAAUUAAAUUUCACAUGAUUGACCAUGGUGUUUUUGCCAAACUUUCAAACUUAGUACAGCUUCAUUUACAGCAUAAUGAAUUAGAAGAAUUUCCAUUCCCACUCCCCAGCUCUCUAGAGCGACUCCUCCUUGGUUUCAACAAGAUUUCUCGGUUAUCUGGGAACGCACUGGAAGGACUACCUAACAUAACCAUGCUUGAUCUCUGCAAUAACUUUCUUGAUGACUCAGCACUCAAAGGAAAACACUUUUCAAUCCUGAAAAAUUUAAUGCAGAUCAAUUUAUGCAACAAUAGAUUAAAGACCAUGCCUCCUGAUCUACCACCAUCACUUAUGUACCUCUCCCUUGAAAAUAAUUCUAUUUCUUAUAUUCCAGAAAACUAUUUCAGUAGACUUCCAAAAAUCAUUGCCCUAAGAAUGUCACACAAUAACCUGCAGAAUAUUCCACACAAUGCCUUUAAUCUCUCUAACCUUUUAGAACUUAAUCUUGGACACAACAAAUUGAAACAAGUAUUCUAUAUUCCAAGAAGUCUGCAGCAUUUGUAUAUUGAAGACAAUGACAUUGAAAUCAUAAAUGUUACUUUGAUGUGUCCAUCUAUUGAUCCAAUGAACACCAAUCAAUUAACUUAUAUACGGGUGGACCAAAAUAAGCUUACAGUUCCCAUAAGCACAUACGCGUUCUUGUGUUUCCCUCACAUAAGAACCAUUUAUUAUGGCGAACAGAAUGGUAAUGUUAACAAGUCAACACAGCUACGAAUAUCAGUGUUCCGCCGAUUUUUAACACCAGAAGAAUAUGAUGAAACAGAAGAUGAUCAUGAAACAAAUGAUGGUGAAACUGAAGAGGAGCACGAAAUUGAAGACAAUUACUUUCAUCCUUACUUUCAAUGAAGUAAUCAUGGUUAAUAAGUAUAUAUGGAAACUCUUCCUUCAUUAUGGAGUAUUAAUAUCCAUGUUAGAACAGUUGGCUAGUUGGGAUAUUUAAGAUAUAUCUAUCAAGUCGAGGUAGGAUUUUAAUGUAGGUAAAUAAGCCAUUACUGAUGUAGUUAGAAAUACAAUACUAGAAGCAAAGACAGAACACUUAAUGUCAGCCAUAGACAGCAGCCCGAGUAUAUAACCCGAGCUGACGAUGGACUCAUUUCUGGGUUGGUUGCUUAUAAUAAAAAUAUGAUACCACAUAUUACCACAAUUGCUAUCCCUACUAACUAGAUUAAAGCUAGCAUAGAUUUCUUUGCUUGUGCUACAGUUGUUUUCAAGACUUAACAAAGUUAUGAGGAAUAUAAGCUCAGAGUGGUAAUUAGUAACUCAAAUCACAUCCUAAGAUCACACUAUAGUCUGUAUGGCAAAUAACUAAUAGUUUAGGAUACCUAAAAUUUUAUUCCACUAACAAUUGCCUUUGCCUUCCAAUUAAUAUUUCAAACUGCAGUGAAGCCAGACUACACCUAUUUUGUGCUGAGAUAAAACAUGCAAAAAACUUUAUCUUAACUAAUCAUGUUAAUAUAUGCCAAGACUGCCUUUACUGACAAAAAAAUGUUUAAGAACUUCAUACUAAACCUGGACUGACUUUUAAUUUGGCAUCCUCACCACAUAAAUUCAAAGAGAAGCAUACAGUAUGUUUUAGUAAACUAUGGUUUUAGUGCAAUAUUUGAAUUUUUGAUCCUUCAGUGCUGAGAUAGCUAACUAUUGCUGUGAAGAAAGUAUAUACUAAGUAAAAGCUUCCAUUCACGGUGCAGCAGGAAGAAAAUUGGUAUGAAAAUCUAUUACGUUCUAAAGUGGUCCAACUUGCAAAAUUAGAAUUACACAGAUCAAUAUCCCACUCCAUAAAAACAUGUGGCUAAGAGCAACAGUCUGUCUGGUUAGGUAUCCUACUACUGACAGUAGUAGGAAACAGACAGCUAGUAAAGAGUGUUAGAGAAUAAGAUCACAAAAAUAAUUUGAACCUUCUUGCACAUUCUCCAGAAACAUAGAUACUUCUGCUUUCAAUUUCUAAUUAGACAGAAAAAACAAAAUUUGAGUUUCAAAUCUUCUUCUGAUUCUGUUAGCAGAGUCCUGUAAAUGCGUAUUAUAAUAGGUUUUACUUCACAGCUUGUACAUCAACUAAUACAACCCUUUUUCACAAAAGGGGAUUUUAGUUUAUUAGUAACAUAGACAAUUAAUCACCUUUUAUGCAUUAACACAAAUCUAAACCGCUAAUAUUAACAUUUAACAUAUAAAUUAGUCGACAGCAUUUUAGAGGCAUUAAAAUAAAGCUUUUGUUACACUUGUUCAAGUAGAACAAAUACAAAUAGUAGCAUUCAGUUUUCUAAAAUUAUUAAUUUAGACUACACUCCUGCACAAAUACCAAUAAGCGACUUCAUUCUAUUUCAAAGUAAAACACAAAUUGCUUUAAGCAACCUAAAAAAAGUGCAAUAUAAUAUUUGAGCUAUAGUAAGUUUUUUUAUUAUGUCUUAUACCUAGAAAUAGAGUCAAAUAAAUACAGGGUAGGAGACUAUUUUAGGGCACUUUGUCCCCUUUAUUUAACGUCUGUAUAUUUCAGCACUCAAACUCCUGAAAAACCUUUUUAGCCAUGUGGAAACAUCACUAUUUUCACAGAAAAAGCAAAUAAGUGCAAGAAAUAGUCAAAUUUUAUAUUAUACUUUAUAUA